AUGUGCAAGAGGAUCUGGUUUGCUGACAGUCCUCAGUGGAUGGGGAAACUGCCAAAGCGGUUCACAAGCAUUCUGCCAGCAUUCCUAACUUACAAGAAGGCCAUUUGCAAGUCUGUGCUUCAUGAGCUGAGGCGUACUGGCAAGUCACCUUCAGACAUGGCAAACCAGGUGAAUGAGCUGAUGCACCUUAAAUAUGAACAAGCUCACCUGGCAUACCUUCAUAGCAUACAGAACAUCUGGGAUGCUGAGGCUGGGGUUUAUAGGCAGAUGACUCUUGGUCACCUUGUGAGGAAGGAUGACAUGCCACAGUCUUUUGGAGCCUAUGAGGAUGCAGAUGGGUGGUGUGAAGUCUCUGUCUCUGCUCACUACCUGACUGACUGCCUCAUUGAUGAGUACCGGCGCCAAGAGCCAGCUAUCACUACACUCCUGCAGGGCACUUUUGGACAGGUCUUGCGGUCUGACCACACCAGGAAGGUGGCACGAAAAGUGACCUUGUCAUCUGGCACCAUGUCAAGUUAUGCAGUUAUGAACGAAAAUUGGAUGAUUGUUUCCUGGGUGAUGUUGCAGUCUGAGAGAGAGAAGUCCCUUGAACCCAUGUACCGGGGGCUGUACAGCAGUGGAACCCUCCCACCUUCAGAAUCCUCCUCUUCCCCUCAUACACCCGAGCCACCACACAGUGGUCCUUCUGUUGUUGUUCCCCCACUGACACUCAGAUCAUCCCCUCAUACACCUGAGACACCACACACAGGUCCUUCAGUUUUUGUUGCCCCACCGGCACAGAGACCAGAUCUGGAUAUAAGCACUUGGACCUGUUCUUAUCAUCAGAAAGUGUGGAUGAAGACAGGGCUCCAAUCUCUGGGACUGUGGCCUGGGUCCCACCAUAUGCUCAAGCCAGGAAACGCACUUUCAUUAUGCAGUCUCCCUCCACAGCCAGAACUCACUGACACUGUGUUAGCACUCCCAUCCCGCAAUUUCUUUCAGCUCCAUCCAUUUUUUAUUUGGAAACCAGAAAGUGACAGCAUGGUGAGACUAAGAAAUAAUUAUAUACUCCCAUGUCUUCAUGGUUGUCCAAAGCCAGAUAUAGUCUCAGCUGGUGUGGGUAGGCCUCGAGUGAUUGUUGGCACCAGUGGACAGUAUUACAUCUUUGCUUCACGCCUUCGCUGCAGGAUGUGCAAGAGGAUCUGGUUUGCUGACAGUCCUCAGUGGAUGGGGAAACUGCCAAAGCGGUUCACAAGCAUUCUGCCAGCAUUCCUAACUUACAAGAAGGCCAUUUGCAAGUCUGUGCUUCAUGAGCUGAGGCGUACUGGCAAGUCACCUUCAGACAUGGCAAACCAGGUGAAUGAGCUGAUGCACCUUAAAUAUGAACAAGCUCACCUGGCAUACCUUCAUAGCAUACAGAACAUCUGGGAUGCUGAGGCUGGGGUUUAUAGGCAGAUGACUCUUGGUCACCUUGUGAGGAAGGAUGACAUGCCACAGUCUUUUGGAGCCUAUGAGGAUGCAGAUGGGUGGUGUGAAGUCUCUGUCUCUGCUCACUACCUGACUGACUGCCUCAUUGAUGAGUACCGGCGCCAAGAGCCAGCUAUCACUACACUCCUGCAGGGCACUUUUGGACAGGUCUUGCGGUCUGACCACACCAGGAAGGUGGCACGAAAAGUGACCUUGUCAUCUGGCACCAUGUCAAGUUAUGCAGUUAUGAACGAAAAUUGGAUGAUUGUUUCCUGGGUGAUGGUGCAGUAUGAGAGAGAGAAGUCCCUUGAACCCUUGUACCAGGGGUUAGCAAAGAGGUACAAUGAUGCAGGGGUUGAGAAGGCCAAUUACCACUGGGUAGACAGGGAUUACUGCGCGCCAUUCAGAAUCCCUGAGCUUCAUCACGGAGAGCACCUCGAAUGGGACGCCUGGAGUACCACACAAUCUAUCAUUGCUGAGGCCACUGCUGGGCCUCUGGAGAAUACCUGUGCAUCCCGUACACAAUACAACCCCAACAUUGUGGUCAAGUUGGAUUUGUUUCACUGUAUGAGGCGUUUCACACGGAAGUGCACUUCAGAGCACCAUCCCCUCUACAGCACCUUUUGUCAGCUCCUCUCCACUGCAUUUUCUGUCGUGGAUCAGGAAGACCUGCAGAAGCUCAAGGAUGCUUAUCAGUUCUGUGGAAUUCAGCCACCAAAUCCUACAAAACAGCACAUCAGAGAGCACUGUAGGACCAAAAUUCCACAGCCAACAGAACUGGUCGACAGAGUGGAGAAAGUUCUUCGGCAUUUCCACCUUACCACAGACCAAAACAACUUACCACUCUUCAAACCAUCCAUGCUGAAAACAUGGCGUAUCCAGAGGGUGCACAUUCUCCGUGGGUGCCUCAGUGACCCUGAGGUCACAGAGGGAAUCCUGUAGAGGUAUGGGGGAACUCUGCAGCUUAAUCAUGUCCCUGGUGAAGGCACAAAAGUCCCCAUAUGAAUUCCAGUCAGAGGGACAUCACAGCAGGAGGGGUAUCAUUUCCACCAGUCCCAGUGGAUUACUGGAACUCAUGCAUCCUGCAAAUUGUUUCAGGCCCAGGGCAUGACAGGGGUGGCACGAUGGAACUACCAAAGGCUUCUGGACCUUAAGCAGCCAGAUGUAUUUCUUCCACCUGUGUUCGAUCCAUUGCUGAUAACUGAGCUAAAUUCUGCUUCAAAGAAAGUGACUGGAAAAGAGAAGUACCCUGUACUUCACCUCUCUGAUAGGGACACGGGAGAGAAGUUUGGCCUUGAAUACAGUGAGCCAGAGUGCCAUCCAGUUCAACUUGAUUGGAACAAACAUAAGGUGCAAAAGAAAGAUGAUUCUUCUGUUCUUGUGCUUCUCUCCCCUGGCCCAACACCAUCCACAAACCCACCACCCACUGCUAUGCCUGUGUCCCAGUUCCACCAACUUAAACCUGCUGCAAUCUAUAAGGUACAGAUGUUGUCCCAAGGAAGCAUGGAACCUCCAGUUAAAAUGGGAACCUCAAAUAUUCCACCCCUGCCUUUGCAGUCCUCACCAAGGAGUGCCCGCACUGGACCAAUCAAGACUGGUGGAUGAGUGUUCGUCUUAGACCACAAGCGCUGGACAUCACCAAUGAAGGAGGCUAUUGACAGCCUCCUACACAAUUACCAUGGACAGAAAGACAUGUUGAAGCUUGUGGAUCAAGAAUAUGCAGCUAUGGUCCAUCGGUCUGCCACAGAUCCAAACAGUCUACUUCACCCCACAACCAAAUACCAUAUAACACAGUACAUAAAACACCUGGCUAAACAGGUGAACACAAGUUCAUCACUGAACACCAGUACAGAAAAACUUUUGGAGACACAAAAACUGUGGCAAAGUUUAACUGAGGAAAGUAAGACUGCCCAUGUCCCAGUUGUAGAACUGCCACCAGCCAUUGUGAAUCCAGCAGAUCCAGUCUCACAGCCAGCAUCUGAACAGCCACUAACACAGGAGAAUGUACAGAAAAUAGUAAAGGAUAUAUUGCUACAUCAGCAGGAGCAGCAACA